UGAAAGUUAUUCUACACGAAACGAAUAGCGGUCUCUCCCCACUUAUUUUCAUACACAACAUAUACUCGCCCUUUUCCCCAUUUUUAGAUUUCCGCAGUCGAUAAGGAAGCUGUAAUAGACUAUAAGAAAGUAUUGCUAUACGAACGAGAAAUCUUUCGAUGCAAUUUCACAGACAUUCACAGAGUGUGCAUAGUGCAGUGUAGUGUAAAGAUUAAUGUACAGAUUUCUGUGUUCUGCAUUGAUUGAUAGCAAAAAGAACAUCAUGUCAAAUAUUACGUCAUUAAACAUAAUUCAGGAUUUUGCAAAAGACUAUGCUGCGUACUUAAAAGUCGAUUUAUGUCAAGAGGCAAAAGGUAUUCAUGAGGCAAUAGAGGAUAUGCAAAUGCGUCUAGAAGAAUUCGAGUCCAUUAUCCGAAUGAUUCAAUCAGAAAAUGCUAAAUGCCUCAAUAGCUACAUUCCUUCAUUUCAAAUGAUGUGUCCCAAAAUAAUGGAACUUUGCAGAAAGGUAGAUUUGCUGGAACGGAUAAUCUUGAGGGCCAAUUAUGACUUGGCAGCAUUAGAAAGAGAUGUUGAAAGCGCUGAAUCUGAUCUUGGAUCCUCCGAAAAGAGAUUUGUCAUGCUGAAUCCACUCACUUUCUUUAAAAAAACUGGUGAACCAGCAUCACCUCAGCGAAUACCUGCAGAAUAUCAUCCACCAAAGAUAUUUGAAACCGAAUCUUUUUUCAACACAGAGUAAUGCAUGUAUAUAUUUUAUGAAGGGAAAUAAUUACAAGGUUCGUUAAUCGAUUGCAGUAUUGUCAGAUUUGAAAUUCAUAUCUCAAUUAAUGUACAUAUAUAUUUUAUCAAGUCUUACAGUACAUUGUAUGUAUGUAUGUAUAAAAUAUUAAAUUGAAGAAUUGUACAUAUAUAACUAUAA